CUGGAAAGGUUGCCCUAGGAACAGGCACAGGGUUAUUUUCGGUGGGAGUGCUACCAGCCAUCAUUGGCUAUUGUUCCAUUAACGGAGCAGCCAUAACUGCCGCAAUUAAAGCUUGUAUGGCUUCGGUUUUUGCUCUGAAAUCGGGUCUAACAGUUAAAGAAAGAGUAGCGGAAGAAGUUAUUAGUCAACCUGUUACUGAAAAUAUCUUUGCUCCUUACGUAGUCCGAGAAACCGAGCCCGAAAGAGAAACUCGCCAACUCAGUACUGAAAUUUCUAGUUUGCAUACCGAAGUAGAGAAUUUACGGACUGAAAUACAAGAGGCCGAAGAAAGAGACUCAGAAGCAGCCACUAUUGAUUUACAAGAGCGACGCGAGCAAUUAGAACAAACCGAAGCCAGAUUAAAAGAGUUAGAAAGAAAGUAUAACGAUAUCCCGGCGGAAGUUCGUUGUUCUAGCCUGGCCAAAAGCGAGCAAAUUCACCAAUUCCAAAAUCAUCUGACCCAAGGAACUAACGAAGAAACUCUGGAAAAAAUUCACCAGCAAAUGGGUUUAAUGACUACCGAACUCCAA